AUGACUACUUUAGUCAUUGAAAAAUCGACAACCAACAACAACAACCAUGAAACCUACAAUACGAUAUACAUAUCCCUUGACAGCAAAAGCCAUGAGAUUCGAUUACUUACUUUACACCCUGCCACUGAUGAGCACGACCCCAUUUGUUGCACUCUUUCUCACGCCGAGCUGAAGCCCUCCAAUGGCUCCGCUAUCCCAGUUUACGAAGCCCUCUCGUACGUAUGGGGAAAGCCAGACUUUUCGGAAUUAAUCCUUCUCAACGACCAAGAAUUCUUCAUCACACCAAGUCUCAAAUAUGCACUCUCAUGUCUGAGAUCCACGACCACGCCUCGCGUCCUGUGGGUAGAUGCAGUCUGCAUCAACCAGUCAAAUAUCUCAGAACGCAAUGAACAAGUGGCUCUAAUGCGUGACAUCUACUCGAAAUGCCAAAGAGACAUAGCCUGGUUGGAUCCGGUCGUUGGCGUAGCCUUCAAGUCGGACGACAUUUACAAGGAUUCCAGACUUCCUACAAUGGAAGAGAGCAUCAAGAAAGGAAUGGAAUUUAUGCAUACAAUCAUUGAAAAAGAUCAAAAAACUCUUGGGCAGCUACUCGGCAACUAUAACGACGAUGAGUACGUCAUUUGCUAUAAUGAGGAGAUGUGUCUCCGGGAUCUGUUCGACCUGCCUUUUCUAUGGAAACGGCUUUGGGUUAUGCAAGAACUUUCUUUAGCCCCCAAUCUAGUCCUCAUGUGCAAAGGUGCUGAACUCGACUGGGACUCAUUAUCAGCUCUUCUAAAGGACGAGCCGUAUUUUGAUGCGUUUCACAUGUGGGAUUCUCAUGCCGUCAACUUACCAGACUGGAGCAACAUGUUUGUCCGGAUUAAGCUCAUUGAGGAUCAACGACAACUCUUCAGGAAAACCGGUCAAGUGAACUCUAAACUGAUGGACGUCUUGACCAGAUUUCGAGAGAUGGAAUCGUCUGAUCCCAGGGACAGAAUCUAUAGUCUUCUUGGCUUGGCGACCGACAAUCAUGGAAUCCAUGCCGACUAUACCAAAUCGAUACAGGAUGUUUAUCGAGAGACUACUAUCUCUUUGAUCAAUCUGUCUGGGAAUCUCGACAUCUUGUGUCAAAAUCCAUUCGAGACCAGUGGUGGACACAAAGCUCUUCAAGACGCAGUGAAUGCCAUGCCUUCUUGGGUUGCCGAGUUUAGCUCCAGUCAUGGAGACUGUGCGGAUUUUAUCUUCGCUCAGCGCGAUAUCUUCAACGCUGGAAAUAAGAACUGUGACACACCUUGUCAGUUUCUCGGGCCCGAGAACGAUACCUUGAUUGUUCGAGGUAUCAUUCUAGGAGCUAUCGCGCCAAUUCGCGAGGAGAGAGGACAAAACUGCAGCGCUCGUGAUGUCUUGAAACUAUACUUCGGCGAAGAAGCAAUCGUAAAUCCCGAGGAUCACACCUAUUCCCCGACAUUCGCUGGGAAGACCUUGUCAAGCGGCGAGACAUGUGUGCGCGCGUUCUGGCGGACGUUGGCAAAAGAUUGCACUGAACCACCUCGAAUGCGACGUUUACGGAGACAUGAAAUCAAGUUUCUCGAUGAAACUAACAUUGAAGAAUUGUCAAACGAGAGCAUGAUCACUGUCAAGACCGUUUGGCUCGACCAUGAUCUGCAUAAGGCCCGAUCGAUCUUUUACCGGUAUAUGCGCAAGAUCUUGAAUUACGGCGGAAUAAAAAGUAACUUCGCGACUUUGUCUGUAGGCAAUCCAUAUGGCCAUUAUGUGACGAAAGACCAUAUGUUUGCGAUGACGGAGAACGGACUGUAUGUCUUGGCAAGACCACAUAUUCGGGAGGGAGACGUUGUUGCUGUUCUGGAUGGUGGAAAGGUGCCCAUGGUCUUGAGGAGAGCUGAAGAAGUUUCUGAUGAAAAUAGUAGUGGGGAUACGUACAGAGUUGUUUGUCCGGCGUAUGUACAUGGAUUUAUGGAUGGAAAGGCAGAGAUUGGUGUUGCUAAGGGUUGGUUGAAGAAGCAAGACAUAUUGUUAGUGUGA